CCACGCGCCUAUGCCAUCACGCGCUCAUUGUGAGUGUGAAACUGGUUCUUUUACUAAGUAUACUGCAAAUUGGUUUCAGAAUCGGAGUCGGAGAGGGAGGGAUUUUUUCGUCGAUUUGAAAUUAUGAGGCUUUGUAACGAAGUCACGGUCUGCGGAUGAUGGGCGGAAGAGAAAGUUGUGAUGUCGAACGUUAAAAGCACGCAGGAACUGGCGGCGGGGGGAUUGAAGCACCUGGAGGACACGAUCGAAGCAGCAUUUCAGAUUCUCUCCUCCAUGAACGACGAACUCUGCAACCCAGCCCUGUGGUCCACAACUGUGUCAGCUCACUCUUCUAACGGCAUCGUCAGUGGCGAUACUGCGGAUUCGUCUCAUCAUUUAGAAAUGGGCGGUGGUGCUCUUGAAGACGCUCGUCUUCGUUAUAAAUCUUCUGUCGCUUCGCUUCGUGCUGUCCUUUCUGCAAUUCCAAACUCCCAGAAGGCUAAAGCAUAUGAAACUGGUUCCAUUGUUGCCAGUUCUGAAUCCCAAGCAAAUCAAGCGGAAACCGAGAAUCUUGAAGAGCGAGCCACCAAUUUAAGAAAGGAGCUUGCAAAUAAGCAUAAGCAUCUCAAGCUUCUCAUAGAUCAGCUUCGAGUGGUUAUUACUGACAUAUCCACAUGGCAGAGUCCUUGUUCCGUUUAGAACAGAGAACACAAGUCUAACUCAAAGAACAGUCUGAGCAUUAGGGUUUGAAGGUUGAAGGUUGAAGGUUGAGAUGAUAUAAUUUUGCUUAUCAAACUAAUCAAGUCAAAAGAUUUGUAUGAGGAUAAUUUUCAUUAGUCAUGUCAAUCUCAUUUUAUUUGGCAUGUUAAAUUGGUGUAAUUUUUGUAGGACUACAAUUUUAUAUUAUGACCGAAAUUGCAAACAUCUUGAAGGUUAUCCACUUGCUGAAUUAAUUUUG